GACCCGGCUCUGGCAGGCUCGGAGGGUCCGGCCGGGUGUAAUUCCCCCCUAAUCCCCGCCACGGCGGCGCUUCCCCGGCCGAGCCAUGUCUGCGGCUUCCCCGCCAUGCCGAGCCUAGCGGGGAGCGGGAGGACUGGAGGCCGGGAGGCGCACAAAAUGAAGACCCUGAUGCGCCACGGGCUGGCCGUCUGCUUGGCGCUCACCACCAUGUGCACCAGCUUGUUGCUCAUGUACGGUGGCAUCGGCGGCGGCGGCGGCGGGGGCCACCCGGAGCCACGGCGGCGGCAGCAGCAGCAGCAGCAGGUGGCGGCGGAGCCCAGCCGCCCGCCGGGACGCGGCCAGCACCGCCCGGCGCUCCCCGUCGGGGCCGGUCUCCUGGAGGGCUACAUCAGCGUCCUGGAGCACAAGGUGAGUCCUCCGGCCGCGGGGCCGCCCCUCGCACCCGGCCCUCCGUGUCCUGUCCUCCCGAGGGGGCACCCGGCCCGCCACCUGCAGAGCUCUCCUUCCUGCCCGCCGUGCGGCGCCGGGUCCGCCCCCGGCGGGAUGGGCUGCCCUGCGGCCUCGGUGUCCGGGCUGGCUUCGCUGGCGUGCUCCCUCGAUGUCCCUGGGUGCGUGGAUUAA